UUAAGGUUUUUGAAUUUAAAUGUAUUUCUCAAAUAGUAAUUUCUAUUAUAACAUUUGAAUGUAACAAAACUGAUAGUUUCCAAAUGAUUUUAUGUAGAUCUUCACGUCCUCAAUUAGACUUAGUACAUCCCCACUCAGAUUAACUAUAAAAAAACAUUCCCAAUUAUGUAACUAAAAUUAAGUUUUUCCAAAGAAAGUUGCAGUAAAAGUAAAAAAUUGGAACUAGAACAUUGUCAAAAUUGUUGGAAAUCAAAAGAACAUUGUGUAUUUGUAACUCUUUCCAGCAUACAGACAUGUCCUUAAGAGGAAAAAAAACAUUUUCUGUAACAGUGCUCAAGAAAAUAUGCCUCAAAGAUUGAGUUUAAAGAGAAAGUAUACAGGUAUUUUCCUAGUAUGAUUUAUACUGAAAAUAACAAAAUUAUUCUGCAAUUUUGUUUGCAUCUUUUGCCCAAUGUUUUUAUAUUAUUACCUCUUUUAUAUUAUAUUUAAUAUAUUUUUUAUAUUUACUGCUUUUAACUGAUGGAUGAUUGAUUUUUAACUGUGAUAAGUAGAAAUUGCUUAACUCUCUCAGUGGGAUAUUUACUACACCUUUCAAAAUACUCUCACAUUCUGUAUAAUUUCAUGUGAAACUGAUUUUUAUAUGUCCAAGGCAUCCUUGUCAAUUCUACAAUUGUUAGAAGAAAGAGAUGCCACGACGAUGGUACACCCAUUGUUUGUAAUAAUUUGCAUAUUAUCAUGGAAAAACAUUUAUGCAGGCGAUGAGAAAAUAGCAGCCCAAAAAGAUGUAGCGAUAUUAAAUUUAGAAUCAUUAAAAGAGGUAGCAAAUGCAUCUCCUGGCCAACGCAAGAUCUCACAUUGUUUAUUGCAACUUGAUAAAACUAACUGUGUCUAUAAUUUGACAGCUUUGACUCUACCAUGUCCAAUUUUAAAAGUGGCUGAGCAUUUAUUUCCAACAUUUGAUUUAACAAGACUUUCGGGUGGAUUUAUCAAUGUGGAACAAUCAUUAAUAAGUAUCAAAUUCAGUUUUGAAAAGAGUGGAGGAGGGUGUGAUCCAGAGCAAGGAAGGGUGGAGGUUAACAUAAAUUCAACUGGUAAACAUAUUCGAGUUAUCGAUCAAACUUAUUUGCCUUUAAAGGUUGUUUUACUUAGAACAACAUGGGAGUUGCAUUUAAAAACAUUGAGGUCUGUGGACCUCGAAAUCAAUGGAAUUUUUAUUAGUGACAACUUAAAUGGUUUCUCCAAAAUUCCAACAUAUGAAGGGGUUAUUAUUGAGAUGAGAAAACCAAAGGGUUUAACCAUUUACGAGUUAAAAACUACUAAAUCCCAAACAAUACAACUAAAACAUUUAUUGGAAGAUUUUAAUUUAAAAACUGAUGAUUUGACCAGUACGCUAUCUUUGAAGACAAAAUCUGAAUUAACAUUAAAGAAAAUUGCUUUUACUGAUGCAAGUUUAGUUGGGUAUAUUGAGCCUAAUAUUAUGUUUGAGUUGGAACUAACAGGACGUCACUCUGGCUCGCUUGCGUUUGGCAAUGCACAUGAAGUGUUUGUUGUAGUGCAGAAGUACCAAAUGCAAUUGCAGCCAAGCGUGGCAAUUUUUGGUAAAUUUAACAUCCCUGGGAAAUUAGAUAUUGAAAUUUUAAAGUUAGCAAGUGUAUCUGAAGUGCCUUCGUUUACGUUUAUGAGAUAUAUAAAGGAGUAUGCUUUAGCAGUAGCUUCAGACAGAUUUUCUGUCAUAAACAUAAAAAGAGCUAGAGAAACAAGUGAUGCUUUUUCUUGUGCUGAAUGCAAAGCACGCUUUUUAACAGGUUUGAAUAUUAUUUUUAAUGUACCAGAUGUGUUAGGCUUUUUAAAAAAAUUAAACGCUACAAGAGCAAGCAAGAAAACAACAGUUGUAAGACCUUUACAAUCACCAAAUAUUACAAAGGUUGAUACUACUUAUCACAGAAAUAACGUAAUAUCCAGCAAAGAGAAAUAUCAUUAUUGGAAACCACUGCAUGUCAAGUCAGAGUUGCAUACUGUAGUCGCUAAACCAAAAGUAGUUUCUUCAUUCGCAAAAUCCAAAACAAAUAGUGCUAGAAAAAGUAAACUUGUGUAUUAUAUGCAAAACUUGAAACGCAGUGGUAUAACUCGGAGGAAAUUGCAUAAGCAUAAACAUAAAAGGCGACACAGACGGGAUGAAUUGAAAGACAUUUUAAAUAGCAUUAGUGCGGGAAACUCCACUGAUAAUGAAACAAUAACAAUACCAGAUUUUGAUGAUUCAUUUAUGUUAGAUACACUAAGCCCUACUCCACUGAAUACAUCAUCACAUCUGAUGCCAGCUUCUGACACAAAUAAAGAAUCACAUAAUAUAACAACAACAUCAACAUUGAAAAACGUUACGUCUGUUUUGCCCAACAAGACUUUAACAGCACAGUACAAUACCUUCACCACACCGUUAUUAUCUCAAAACAAGGCAGCUACAAAUGCAUCCAGUUCAUUGUCCAGCGUGUUAUCAACUAAUGGCACGGCAACACUUUCUAAGAAUAAUACACUGCUUUUAAAUGUUACAAAUUCAACCACUACUAAUGCACCAUCUUUGAAUUCACUGACAUCUCUAACAGCAAACAAGACUUUCUUUGACACAUUGGAUGGCAGUAAUAGUUUUUCUUUACAUGAUAUUAGCAGUCUAACUACUGAGUAUCCUGAAACACAAUCAAAAGUUGCUAUACCUUCAUCAACGGUUAAGUUUAAGUCGAACAUUGGAAAAAUUGUUGUGUUCUCAAGCAUACAAGAAAAGAGUGUAAAAUUCAUACUACCCCAAUACACAGAGGCAGAGUUGGAUGAUAUAAAAAGAUUUAUAUUGACGUCACUAGAGGGGAAAGGAAAGUGUAAUCCAUUUAACGGUUCGUCGACAAAGUUCAGCAUUGAUAGUAUCAAAGUGACUGAUGCGGGAAUGCAAAUCAACCUGAACACAAGUAAAGCAAAAACAUUGGUUCCAAAUCUUCUGGUACUUAAUAAAUACAUGGGCGUUACAAUCGCUGUAGAUAAAGACACAGAUGGAAAAUUUGACUAUGAUAAUUUAGUUUUCUCAGGUGAAGGACGACAGAGAGUUUUUGAAGAGGAGAUGCCAGUAAAGCUUGUUCAAGUUUCUUCUGAAUGUUCUAUAGUUGGACAACUUCAUCUUUCGACAUUACAAAAUAUAUCCAAAAAAUUCAAUACUGAAUUGUUGUCUCCAGAGUUGAUGAAAGCAUUUCCAUCUAUUGGCAAAGUUUCGCUUAUGUCAUUGUCGAUUAGUACUCGACUUGGUGGUGAAAAAGCAAUCAGAUUAAAUGGUCGCGUGUAUAGUACAACCAAAUCCAUUGUUGAAGUUGAUGGUAUAAUAUCAAGUGGAGAUAAUGGAAACACAAAAAAGAUGACGCUAGCAAUGAAAUCGAAAAAUUUUGCAUUAGAGAAUCUGCUGCAGUAUGUUUAUGGCAAGAAUUUGCUUGUACACCCCUGGUUGAUAUUGGAUGAAGCAGUGAUAGUACUAAGUUCAACUAACAGAACGUUAUCAAUGUUUGACAAUGAAUUAAUCAAAGAAGCUGCCAAACAAACAGGGAUUUCUUUUGCUGGCAAACUGUCCCGUCCCACUUUAUGCGAAACACACUUUUCUACAGACAAGUUUUGUCAAUAUUUUCACUCCAAACUGGCAGCAACUAGUGGAAUGAUUUUGAAGGGUGUUAUUACUAAAGACAAUUUUACAUUUGUUGGCAGUGCCUCUGCUUCCGUGAGUAUUUCACAAGAAAUCAAAAUGAUAAACCCUGUUGUGACCAUUCAAUAUGAGGAUGGAAAAAUUGAUUUGUUUGUUACUGGCGGGGUUUUGAUAAGUGUAAGAGGAACAGACAUUAAAGUGAAAGGCCGCAUAUCGAGACAUGGAUCAGGAUUUGUUAUGCUACAAAUUGCAAGCUCAUCUGGUGAAAAAUUAUUGCAGAACUCUUUAAUCCAAUUCAAGCCAUUGCUUGGAAUCGCUCAGUUGUCAAAACGAGAAGAUUUUGCUGGUGUGAUAGAGCUUCAUCCUUCGAGGAUUGGAAUUGGUAGUCAAAGAAAUGACAAAGUUAUUCAUAUCAUCAAUCCGUCAGGGCGCGUCAUGCCGUCUGACCUAAGCAAAAAUUUUAUUCACGGCGUCAUUAAAGAUCUGUCGCUUCAAGGUAUUUUUGACGCUUUUGAGCUGGAAUCAAAACUUCGCUUGUUGCCAUUUCUGCAAGACGCUAAAUUUGUCGGGAUUUCAAAAGUGGUUUACUCCGAGGCUGAGAGAGAACAAAAUUUUGAUUUCAUUAAAAUACCAGUGCCACCGGGAUUAACUAUUUAUGGCAAGUUAAAAAUUGGUGCUGACACGGUGAGAACAACUGUCAAACUGAAUGACCACGAGGGGAUAUCAUGGACAAUGGAAUGGCCAGCUCUUGACAUGUCCAAGGGUUUAGUAAGAAUAAGAAAGAACAAAGAGGAGACGUCUUCUGGGCCAACACUGACUCUUUCAUCAUCAUUGAAUGUUAACAAAAGUUUAAGCAUAAUAGUAAAAGCUUACGUUUCUGCAAUUGGGAUGGAGAAGGAAGGGGUUCAGAUUAACGUUGAGCGAAAAAAUGAUAACAUUCUUUACAUGUUCACAAUGAAGGGGCGCAUGUUUAAUGAACUUAACAUGGUCGUGUUGUAUCGUGGAUCUGAACAAAGUGAUAAUGGUUUCUUGAUGAAAGGCCACUGUCCAAGCAUAGGCAACCUGAGAACUCCUAUCAAAAGAAAUCUGAGAAAGGUAUUCAACGAUUUCUUAAUUUUGUACAGCAAAGAAAGAAAAGAGAACGAAAAGGCGACUAAGGAUGUCGACUCGCUUAUUCAAGAGUUAGGAAACACAAUAGAAAUGAACGUCAAGGGAAAACUAAAAGACUUGAUUAUCCAGUUGGAAGAUGUGGAGGAGAGCAUUAAAGAAUACAUCACUGGAAUUGACGAUAUAUGUGUGGAGGAGUGCUCCAGGAAACCAGUUGAAAUACAAACGUUGCAAGAACUUGACAUAAACGACGUACAACUGAAGAAUCUUCGCAUGCAACGUAUCGCGCCGAAGUGGGCGAUGAAUGUCUCUUGUAUUGCCGUGUGCGAAGUGGAGAAGGGAAUCUCUUACAAAAAAGCAGCGGAGAAGUUAAGCGUAGCACGGAACUUAUAUCCAUUGUAUCAAAAGCAAAGGAGACAUUCGCAAAAAUUAGACGGAUUUUUGAAAGUUGCUCAGAAAAUAAAAGACACAGCAACGAAAGCACAAGCGUUUUUUCUGAAACACAGUGAGAAAGCUAAGAAAGUGGUUCAAAGAUUCAUGCGAGAUAGUAUACAAGCCAACUGGUUUGAAUUGCAAGAUUUAUCUAUACCUGAGAUCAAUGUUAAUAGCCUGAAAGGAAAGUUACCGUGUUUGCCAAUAAAGCUGAAAUUUUCGCUAUUUGGAAAUGUGAAGGAAAUUACUAAAGAAACUUGUAUAAACGGUGAAGUUUUGGAAAACAUCGGCAAAAACAUAUUUUACACCGUGUUUCCGAAGUCGGAGCUAAUUUCGCUGACUCAGCAUUUCGACAAAGUCAAAUCUUUUUACGCACGUAUACGUCAACGACGUGAAGAACUGGUCAAUGUCAUCCGUCACGACGAACAAGACGAUGACAUGGAGGCGUCUAAACUCGAAGAGAUGUCUAAGCGUGACGAAAUUUUUAAUCCUCUGGUGAAGCAAGUCUCGAAAGAAGAAGAUCCAUACGAUAAGAGGUUCAAAAAGUUAGUGAUGCAACACGUUCCACAAUAUACCGUGCACAGUUAUAAAACGUCAGUGGUAAUGAACCAGAAGUCACCGUGGGCUGUGUUGAAACGCAAACAGAGCAAACGCACCUCGCUUGCGAGAAAACAAAGAAGUGUGUUGAAUACGACAACAACCACUGAAGGAGACGAAUGCGGUGCUUUAAAUGGCGUGGCUGCCAAAUACUCUCACAUCACUAACGCGUUGGCAGAUCUUGUGGAAGCUUACAACAACGGGAAAGCUGCUUUCGCUGAAACUCGAGACGAUCUUGUCGAUUCGCUUCAUGCGCUUGAUUCAAAAAUAACUAACGAAGCAAACAGAACUUACUAUACAAAAGGCGAACUAAAAGACAUGAUUUACUGGAGCGUUCGAGUGUGGAAGGGUGUGGAGGACUGGGUUCAAGAAUCCACCCGACAAUUUGAGGAUCACAAUCGGAACGCACUUUCUCAAUUCACCGAACAACUAAAUUCAGCUCUUACGUCUCAGCACACAACAACGGCAGCCGAUUACGUUCAACGGUUGUCACAUAUUGGUUCUUCCGCGAUGAAGAAAAUGGCUAUUUCGCCGUCGGCGCGCAUCGUAAAGAAAACAUUCCCCUUUCAAUCGGAAGAUUAUGUUCAAAAUGUGGCACUGGCUUUGUCAGGAUUUCUAACAAACAAAGAUAUGACUCUAGACGAUGCAACAAGCCGAAUACCCAGCCUUCGAUCUGCCGUUCACAUCCUGGAGUCGAAGCUUCCACCCUGUGAAGCUCAGGCUAUAGAUUUGUCAUCGUCAGCUACCGACAUGACUCGUCAAACAACGGUCCCAGUCACGGAUACAGUGCAACCUGUAACUAUGACUGCGAUGAGUGAUGCAACGCAACCUGCGAUGAGUGAUGCAACGCAACCUGCGACAGUAAUUGAUACGAGUCAGCCGGCGUCUGUUGAUGCGACGCAGGGACUGUCAGUCGAAACGUCGCAAGUAGGAACCGUCACCACUGAUACCCAACCUACCAUUGUUGAAACGGUACCAUCAGGUCUGAAUGCAGACGCCCAGUCAGUCACGUGACAAGCGAGAAUCUCUCAUGAUUAACAUCUCAGCGUAACUAACUUUUCUAAAUAUAAAGUAUUCCAAACCGGUAAUCAUGUUAUCUGGUGCAUUGAGUUUGAAUAGAUAAACAAUGGCUGGUGUCAAACGACCUUCGAAAACUGCUUGAAUUCUACGUAUAAGAACUAAUGUGUGCAUGUGACCAUACUGCGAUAUUUUGUAAUAUGCUUUUGUAUACUGUUUAGUUGUAAAAAAUAUAUAUAUUUCGUACUCCGUAUAA